GCCGCGGCUGGCCCGUCUAACUCACGGACAUUUAGGACUAGUCUCGCACCUAUGACCGCCGGCCAUCGCGCCAAUGUUGGGGUUCUGACCCUGAAUGCGAUGGUCAAAGGUGUGCUUGCGACCCAUUUCCAGAGCUACCCCAAAACGGCAUUUCGCUUCUUCUCGGGCGUUAUGCAAAGGCUGGCACCUCUGCGCGCGAAGGCACAACUGGCGGAGCUCACUCCGGGCAUCAGGGCGAAGCCGGCAUCGAAGGUUCGCGAUGCCACGACUCGGCUCGAGUACGCGGUCCUGAUCCCUAAAUCGGCGAUUCCUGAUCUAGUCACGCUGCUGGACGAGGACAGCAGCUUCACGGUCCCGGCGGGUGCCUCCUACGGCCGGGACAUCGGGCACCCGCACCCGGUGCAGCGCGCCGGCAGCUUGCGCCUGACAGCCGUCGGACUGUGCAAGGCUGGACUGUUCGCAGUGACGCUGCCGCACGGUGCCGCCUUCGAGCUGGGCCGGUACCAGGCUAACCUGGAAGCUGGUGGAGAAACGUACACCCUUGAUGUGCGCCGCAUGUCCCGUCGGCAGGGUGGCCAGCAGCCGGGCGGCCCAUGCGCCGCUGCCGGUGGUGCCGCGGCCCCUGGCGGCGCGGCGCCGGGCGCCACCGGCGCCGCCGCUGCCGGCGGCGCGGCGUGGGGCCGCGGGGAUGCCACCGGCGCCGCUGCUACCAGCGGCGAGGCACAGGGCCGCGGUGGCAUGACUGGCGGCUCUGCUGCCGCUGGCGCGGCGCAGGGUCACAGGGGCGCCGCCGGUGCUGCUGCUGCCGGUGAAUCGGCGCAGGGCCGCGGGGGCACUGUCGGCGGCGCUGCAGCUGGCGGCUCGGCGGGGGACCGCGGGGGCACUCCUCUCGGCCGUGCCGCCGCCGGCGGCGCGGCGCAGGGCCGCAGGGGCGCCGCCGGUGCUCCUGCUGCCGGCCGCGCGACGCCAGCCCCCGUGGACGCUGCUGGCACCUCCGCUGCCGGUGGCACGGCGCGGGGCCGCAUGGGUGCUGCGGGUGCCCACGCUGCCCGCGGCGCGCAGCAGGGCCGCAAGAGUGCUGCUGGCGCGUCCGCUGUCGAUGGAGCGGCGCAGGGCCGCGCAGGCGCCGCCGGCGCCCCCGCCGCCGGCAGCGCGCGGCAGGGCCGCAAGGGCCCUCUGCGCCCCACCAUCGGCGUCCGGCUGCGACGCAGUGCGGGUGCUGCCGGUGCCUCCGGCACUGGCGGAGCGACGCGGCGCCGUGGCCAGCAACGACGCCCGGCCGCCGCGGCCCCGGCUGCGGCUACGGCCGCGCGUGCGGAUGGCCCCAGCGCCGUCCAGGGCAGCGGUGCUGCGCCGUCCGGCACCCCUCGUGGCGGCGGCGGCCGCGGCGCUAGCUCCCGCCGCCAGCACAGCGGCAGUCGCAGCCACAGCCGCACUCGCCGCGACCGCAGCAACAGCCGGGGCCGCAGCAUCACCAGCCGCGGCGCCAGCCGCAGCCGCGGCCGCAGCCGCAGCCGCAGCCCGGGCCGCAGCCACACGCACACCCGCAGCCACGCCCGCAGCCGCCGCAGCAGCAGCGCCUCGCGUGGCACGAAUGGCGGGGCUUCUGGCAAGUUGGGCGGCAGCCACAGGGGCGCCUCUGCGGAUAACUCUGGGGAGCGCGUGGACCACCGCACCCGCAGCGGUCGCGUCUUCCGCCGACGGGCCGGUCGCGUCCCAGCCGGUGACGGCAGCACCCUGACCGGGGAUGGGCGCACCAGCAGCAAUGCGCCGCGCCCGGGCGACGGUGCCGGCGACGGCGGGUGGAGCGUGGUGCCCAGCCGUCGCCGCCAGCGCAGUGCCUCGCCAGGGGCGGAGCCGGCCAAGCGUCAGGCUCUGCCAGAGCAAGCCCAGGUGCCUGAGGGACCGCCGCCGCGCCGCCGGGCGCCGCCGCCCACCCUGCUCCACAACCGGUACAGCGUCCUGGCGCCUGGUGGCGCUGCGGCCCAGCGCCGCUUCAUUGCCGACCACCUUGCGCCGGCUGCCACGCUGCCUGGCCUCAAGGUGUGGGCUGGUGACUACAACUUCGUAUGCAACGCCGCCAUUGACACCCUCCAUCGCGGCGGCCGCCUCCUGGACCCCGGCACGACCUCCCUCUUCGCCUCCACCUGCGCCUCCCCUGUGGACUCCUUCCGCCACCUGCACCCUACCCGCCGGUCCUUCACCUUCAUCAACCAUAUGGGUGCCUCUCGCAUUGACCGCAUCAUGCUCUCUCCGGAGCUGCUGUCGUCGCUGCGUGCGUGCGCCCAUGUGCCUGGCCGACCGUCCGAUCAUCGCCUGGUUGUGGCCACCCUUGCCCCAGUCGACGGUGCCGUCUCUCCUGGCCCUGGCUUGCGGCGGCUCAGUGAUGCCUACCUCGCGUUCCCCGACCUGCGCCGCUCGCUGCUCGACUGGAACCGCGGCGCCUGUGCCGCCGCCCCCGAGGCGCCGGCGCCGUUGCUGCGGUGGUUUGUGGCCUACAAGCGCGACCUGGUGCGCACGGUUGGCCGCCUUAACCGCAUCGCCCGUGGCCGCAUCCUUGAGGAGACAGCGGAGGAGGCGGCGGCCCGUGCUGCUGAGGCGGCCGCCCUAGCGGUGGUAGAGGCUGGAGGCCCCGAUGCUACUCAGGCUGCUGCUGCGGCCGUCGCCGCGCGCUCCGCGGCUGCCGCAGCGGCGCAGCGCGCGGUCGCUCGGCACGCUCGUGCCGCCCGCCUCCAGUGGCUGCGCACCCGCGAGACGGCUUCGCCUGCGAUCACGCGGCUUGUGCGGCCCCCUGGCGGCGCCGCGCGCAUUGCGGCAAUCCGGCGCCCGGACGGCAGUGUGUGUGACUCCCUUCCCGAAAUCCCCACACAUAUUGUCGACUACUGGCGGCGCAUCAGUGCUGCGGUGGCUACGGACCCGGACGCCUGUGACCGCGUACUUGCGGCCCUUGCAGCAUUUGGGCGGCGCUGCACUGACGAGGACGCUGUGCGGCUUGGCGCCGACACAGUGAGUUCAGCUGAGGUGGAGGCUGCCCUGGCGGCGGCGCCGGCUGGCAGCACCCCGGGCCGUGACGGCAUCCCGGCUGAGUUGUACCGGGAACUGGGGGGCCCCACGGCACGCGUGCUUGCGCGUGUGUUCACGGCCUCCCUCGCUGCUGGUGCUCCCCCACGCGGCUUCCUCGAUGGCGUCAUUACAUGCUUCAGCAAGCCCGGGGACCCCCUGCAGCCUUCGUCGUAUCGGCCCAUUACGCUGCUCGGCACGGACUACCGCACGCUGGCCCGCGUCCUCGCCAGGCGGCUCAUCCCCGUCUUCAGCAACGUCAUCCACCCCGCCCAGACAGCCUUCCUGCCCGGGCGCCGCAUCGCCGAUAACGUCCUACUGCUGCAGCUUCUGCCGGAGCUCAUGCGGGUGGCCGAAGGCGGUGGCCCUGGCGGCGGUGCCGGGGGCGGGGGCGGGGGCGCUGCGGGCAGCACCGCUGACGCUGACCGCGGCGUUGUGGCCUUCCUGGACUUCUACAAAGCCUACGACACCCUGGACCGCAACUUCCUGUACCGGUGCUUGGCAGUCAUGGGCGUUGGCAGUGGCUUCCUGGCCUGGGUCAAGCUGCUGCUUACGGGCACGCGCUCUGCCGCCCUGGCUAACGGCUACCUGUCGGCCUUCGUCCUCAUCAUUGCGGGCGUAUGGCAGCUCACGGCGUGGCGGCGACCAGUGUGGCAGCUGCCGGCGGCAUGGCUGCCGGCGGCGCGGCGGCUGGUGGCGGGGUGGCUGGCGGCGGCCCCGGCACCAGCCACUCUGCACAUGCACGGCUCUGCGGCUGGCACCUACGUACCGCCGUGGACAGCCGCCGCCACCGCCCUGGUGCAGCAGCUACACACGGCCGCCCACCCCCUCUGCGUCCUGACGAUGCAGCGGGCGGCCGGCGGUGUCGAACCCGCUGCCGAUGGCUGUGCAAUCUUCGGCCAGCCGGUGGCGGCAACCUGCCCGGCCCUCGUGCGCCUCCUGGGUGCCCUCAGCUACCUGCCUCCGGUCACAAUCCUACGCCCGGCUGUGCUGGUGCCAGGGCCCUGGUGCUUUGCACUUCCGCUCUGGGGCAAUCCAGUCUUGCCGUGUGCGGCGGGGCUUCAGGCGGGUGGCUUGGAACGUGACUUCCCAGCUCUCAUGGCGCUGCCGGGUCUGCUAACGCUCGGCACGGCAGUGCGGUGCUGGGAGGCGCUGGCCGCGGUGCGCCAGCUGGUGGCUUCCAAGCCGGCUGGUGCGCUCGGGCCGCGCCUCGCACGUCGCUGCACUAUACAGUACAAGCGGUCCGUCCUGCGCCCCAUCCUGCGCAUUACGGAUAUGGCGCGCGUGCCGCCGGCGCUGCAGUCCGGCCCGGAUGCUGCUGCCCAGUUCUCCGCGCUGCUGGCCCGUAUGGCUGCUGCUUGCGCAGAGCCUGGGGUGGCGGCAUGGCGCGGCUGACGUGCCCUUGCUGACCCUUACGGUGAAGCAGGCAACCCAGCUUCAACUUGCGCCUGCGUACGACGCGCUCCGCGUGCGUCACUUGGCCUUCAUCCAGGAGGCCUACAGCGGCGCCGCGCCGCCAGCGGAAGCGAUUCAUGCGCUGCGGGCGGCCCUGGCGCGGCUGUGGGCGUUGGUGUGGGAGCCGCGACACAAGGAACCGCUCUGGCGUCUGGCAGUCAAUGGGUUCACGGGCUUUGGGAUGCUUGCGGCGUGGGCCGCAGAUGGACGCGUGGAGAAAUGCCCGUGUGGGACUCAGAUGACUGCUGGCGCUAGGGUUCAUCACUUCUGGGACUGUGUGGUGGCGGAGGCUCUGCGUGAUGUGAUGCGGGAGCAUGCGAAUGUGGACAUCACACGGAACCAGUUGUGGUUAGUACAGGCGCCACCAGGGCUAUCGCAGGCGGUGUGGGACAUCGUGUGCUUGGCUGCUGUGGCGGCCCUGGAAUACGGCCGACAGCGCCUUUACGCUUGCCGUGAUGCUGCAGACCGGACUGCGGAGGUUGCUGUUGUGCGAAGGAUCGGUGUGGAGGUGAUUGCGGACUUCUGGUCACGGCUAGCUGCGUUUGUGAGUCUGCGUCGGCCUCCGCGCCGCUGGGACCUUGUCCCGAACCAGCACCCAUUCCUAGCGUCAGAUGAUGU